AAACAACCGGCUGUGGCAGCUCAGUUCGGCUCGGGGCGCACGCUCAGCGUCACGUGGGGCAUGGAGGCCCAAUGGAGACGACGGACUGCAGGCUUCUUCCAUGGCAUGAAUCCUCAUUUGCUUCCAGGAUCCAAAGCUUAAAGAAGAAAAAGCCUGAGGGUCAGGACACUUAAAGGAGUAAAGAAGUGAUUUAAGUUCCUGUGAGGAACAGAAUUAUCUACUUACAUUAUACAGUGCUGUUUUAGAAAACUAGCCUCUAACCAAGAAUAAAAAUUGUUGUCAGAAUAAUAUGCGAACAGAUCAUGAAGAACUCUGUGGCACCAGUUAUGGACCUUUUUGCCUAAAUGGCGGGAUUUGUUAUAUGAUCCCUACUGUAUCCAGUCCAUUUUGCAGGUGUAUUGAGAACUAUACAGGAGCCCGUUGUGAAGAAGUUUUGCUACCUAGUCUCAAGACCCAAAUUAAAAGUGAACCGUUUGCAGCUUUCUUGGCUUCGGUUGUUGUUCUAGGAAUUCUUGUAAUUGGAACAUUCUACUUCCUUUGCAGGAAGGCCCACAUUCGAAGGGCCAGCUCAACAGAGCGUAGUGCCAGCCUGGUUGAGACUACCAGCAGCAAUGGCUGCAACAAGAUAACAGAAUAAAGCAAUAAAACAGGAACCAUGGGAGAACAACAUGCAGAGGAACCAUAACAACAUAACAGGCGCUGUGGAGG